GUUAGGAUCAAACAUUGGAGUGUGAAAUUGUCAGCCGACAUGCCGAAUCUGCAUUGCAGGAGACGUGCUUUGUUGAGCAUUGCUUUGCUGGUGUGCUGGCAAGUAGGAAGGUGGUCCACGCGGUCUCCAAGUUUCGUUUCUACAAACGGAGACUCCAAAGAUGGGGCAGUGGCAUUCGAAAGUUCGUUUUCACAACUUGGACGAAGGACAGCCUUGGUUGGAGCAUUGUCAUUGACACAGCCCAGCGUUGCAUUGGCCAAAAGAGGAGGAGGAGAAGGAGGAGACCUCGUCACAAAACAAGCAAUGCCAUCCACAAUUGAGGCUGAAGAACCCAUCAGUGAGGACUGGAAACCGGUUGACAUCGGCGAAUCUUCAUUGGUGGAUCCAGAUGAUCCCAAGUACAAGCAAAUGAAACUUAUGAAUGAAAUUGAGAAACAGAAAGCAAGAAACGAAGAGUACAAUGCCAUGAGUGCAGAGGAGAAACAGCAAAAGAUGUGUGAGCUGCUUGGUAGAGGUUGUCAGAACCUUUGAGACGGCUGCAACUCCUGAAGAGUUCCCAUUCUUUUGUUCUGUCUAGUAUGUUCCUGGGACAAUAUGUUGUUAAACCACUGUGUAGUUCAAGCAACUUGGAACCACUCGUUCAAUGAACGCAUUUGUUUCGAGAAGAUGCAUCAAUGUGCCAUUUGAAGAAUUGACAACAAGCAACCACUCAGUCUGUCCUUGUGAAAACACAAUAAAAUUACUGUGUGCGUGAUGCAUUUCAAGACUUUAGCAGUCCUCUCCUGUUUCCGCGUUGGAAGCACAGAAAGGUGCGCGUUGUGAGGCAGUUGUUCUUUUUUUGGUUCACCAAUCCUGCAAGGAUGAACUUGGUAUCGGACAUCUUG